CGUUUUUUCUUAAAUACACACAAAAUUUAUCUAUUAUUUAUUUUGUUCGCUUUGUAACUUAAAGAUACUAAAAAGAUAUCUGCUAGUAGACAACACUUUCCUAAUUUUGAGUAUUUUUUCUUGUUUAUCAACAUGUGCAGAGUAGUUCUCGGGGUGUGCGGUUGUAAAAAAAGUAAAACAUUGCAAAAAUAGUAAAAUCUACUUGCAGAAUUAUUGAAAAAUAAAGUAUAAUAGUACGUACUUAUUAACAAAUACAAAUUAAAUAGUGGCUAUUUAAAAGUAUAAACACAAAAGUUAUAAUAGAAAUAAAAUAACAAAAAAAAAAAAUUGUGUAAUUUUGCUGCCGCUUUAAUCAACUACCAAUUAAUAGCAAAAAAGUUAAUAAAAAUGGCCACAAUAAAACAUAAUUAUAUAAAUGAUUUUGAAAAUAUAUUGGCUGCUGGCAAUGAACCAAAUAUGACAAAAGAAUAUAACCCACUGGUUGCCUGUAAACUAGAAAAAUAUCUAAAUCCUUCACAGCUCAAAAAUCAUGUAUUGAAGAGUGAAAAAAUCCAACAACUUAUAGAUUACUAUGCACAAAAACAAAAUACAACAACCAAAGAUAUACGACAACAAGUCCAUGAUAUUUUAAAUGAAAUUGGCUUGGAUCGUAAUAUGGCGAUAAUACGUUGGUGUGGCAUAGCCAUAACGGCGAUUGGUAAACGUAUCUGCAAGGGUAUUUAUGUUAAUAAGGCCAGCAUGGAUAAGGUGAAGGAGGGUUUGGGAAAAAAUCCAGUUUUAUAUUUACCCAGUCAUCGAAGUUAUAUGGAUUUUAUAUUAAUGUCCUAUAUAUGUUUUCAUUACGACAUCGAAAUACCAGGCAUUGCUGCGGGAAUGGAUUUCCACUCCAUGUUUGCCAUGGGCACUAUGUUGCGUAAAACUGGUGCUUUUUUUAUGCGACGUUCAUUUUCAAACGAUGAACUUUAUUGGGAUGUAUUUCGUGAAUACAUGUACGCUCUGGUGGCAGCUUAUCACAUUGGUGUUGAGUUUUUCAUUGAAGGAACACGUAGUCGUAAUUUUAAAGCUUUAGUACCAAAGAUCGGUUUAUUAUCUAUGGCUCUAUUGCCAUAUUUUACUGGCGAAGUGUCAGAUAUUACUAUAGUACCUGUAAGUGUAUCCUAUGAGCGUGUACUAGAGGAACAGCUAUUUGUCUAUGAAUUGUUGGGUGUGCCCAAACCCAAGGAAUCAACUAAAGGUUUCUUUAAGGCUUUAAAAAUAAUUGAUGAACGUUUUGGUAAAAUGUAUUUGGAUUUUGGAGAACCCAUUUCGGUGAGAGAUUUUAUGGGUGAAGCUUGUGGUGCGGAUCGCAUGAAAAGGGCAGCGAUUGGUGCUCAUUUGCAAAAGUUAAAUAAAAAAGAAAUUGAUCUAGUCAAGGGUUUGGCAACCGAGAUUAUUUAUCAACAACAAAGACGCAUUGUUAUAACAACUUUCAAUUUAGUUUGUUUAUUUUACACCAGUCAAUAUUACAAUAACAUUUCGGUUAAUCUAGAUGAACUUUCACGAGGAAUAGUUUUGCUCAAAGAAAUGUUUGAAGAUUUGGGUGCCCAUGUGGCCACUGAUGUUAAUUGCAUUAAGCCCGAAAUAAUGGAAACAGUUGAGAUACAUUCAAAUAUCUUGCAUUUCAAACAGGCUCGCCUCGAAGUGACACAGGUCCCUGCCAGCCAAUUAGCCCAGGAAAUUGAUUUGAAACGUUUAAAAGCUCACAGUUUAUCACCCCGAACAAUGGCUGUGGCUGUACCCAGCUUAACAUUACAACUCUAUAUAAAUCCUUGUCUAUUUUGGUUAGCUCGUCCGGGAUAUGUUAUAAUAGCGGCACUGCAAUUAGAAAAGGAACAAUCUACAAAUGUUUCUCUACGAAAUGAGGCAUCGAUUGCUAUCGAACUAUGUCAACGUGUCGAAGAAUUAGAUAAUAUUUUCAAACAUGAAUUUAUUAUAGAAUCAAAUCGGGAAAAGGAGGAAUUUAAACGUAAUCUAAGAUUUUUGGAAAAUCAUGGUGUUAUACAUAUUACAAACGGCACAAUCUCAGUUAAUCAUAAUAAACUUAGCCAUAGUAUACUAUCAGCCAUUGCACCUUUCCUAUGUGUUUACUAUCAAUUAGCAGUCACUCUCAAUGAAAUGUUACCCGCCGCCGACAGCCUAGAAGAAGUACCCAUUAAAAAGAUUUUAAAAAUAAUGCAACAACGUAUUGAAAAAAUUUUAAAUACAAGCAAAACUAGUCAAUUACUUCACGUCCAUCCAUAUUGUUUGGCAUUGGAUAAUUUGAAUAUAGCAAUACAUGCCUUAGUGCAAGGAACCUAUUUGCAGCGUAAUCGUGAAACAGGUAAUUUAAGAAAAACUUCAGACAAACUUAACGAUUUAGAGAGGCUUCUAUUGGGUUAUUGUAAUUUAAUGCCCUUCAAACAAUACUAUUAUUGUAAUACCUUAACAUCAAAGUUAUAACUACAUCCAACGUUGGAUGAGAAGGAGGAGGGGGAGGAGCAGAAGAUGGAGCAAGAGCAAGAGAAGCAAACAAUUCCAAAUAAUUUUAAACAUAAUGUUAAAAAGAAAAUACAUUUAGUGUUCACAUACACACGUAUUCUAGGAACUUUAAUAGUCAUUGUUGUGGUUAUGCCCAUUAUACAAUUAGUUAUAAAAUAUUUAAAUUUAUAAUUAGCUAUAAUACAAGGUUUUUUGCUAGCUAUUUAAUUUAAUCAAUUGUUUAUCUAUUAAUUUAUUUAGUUUGGAUUUAUUUUAAGCAUUAUUUUUGCCAUAAUAUUAGUGUUUAGAUUUUAUAAGUUAAUGUUUUAAAUCUGGGUGUAUUUUUUUACGCAUAGCAUUCCCCUUCAAUUAAAUUUUUAUUAACACACACCAACACGGACACAUUUAAGUUAAUUUUUAAGUAUUUUUAUUAAACAACUAUUCAAUAAUGUUUUUAGAAAAUGAGAGCUUAAGAUUGCAAACUAAAGGAUCCCCUUUAGAUAUGGAAAAUAAAGAUUUUUAAAUACAUAGUA